GUUAAUGCUAGUGACUGCUGAAUUGCGGGGGACAGUAAUAUAUGACAUAAACGAGGGUCACGAAAUUGUCUUGAAAGAUGGAGGUUAACCUUACUUAUAAUUGACCUUUGAUUGAUGGAUUAUAUCUUACAGUAGCGUGAUAUUGUUCGCAUUUUGUUGAAUACGAUUUUUGCUUAUAUAAGUUAUAAAGUUGCUUCAAGAAUUUUAAAUAACUGGAAGGUAGCCUAAAUAUGAGUCCUGCUGCAUCAAAUCAAGAGACAGCUGCAACAGGACUCCCUGUUUCCUCUUCGACCUCCCCCGAAAGUGGCAUACAUUUCUCCAUAACGGAGCAAAUCCAGCAAGUCUACAGCCAUGUGAAAAUCGAGAGUUUGGUUGCAGGACUCUGUGGAGGAGUCGUGUCAACACUGGUGCUGCACCCCCUUGACCUAGUGAAAAUCAGGUUUGCAGUGAGUGAUGGACUGGAUGUGAGACCUAAAUAUGAUGGCAUCAUCCAUUGUAUGAGAAAUGUGUGGCAGCAGGAGGGAGUCAGAGGACUCUAUCAAGGAGUCACCCCGAACAUCUGGGGUGCUGGGGCUUCAUGGGGCCUUUACUUCUUAUUUUACAAUACCAUCAAGGCGUACACAAAGGAAGGUCGUCCGUCAGAACUGAGUGCCACAGAACACCUGCUUUCAGCCACUCAAGCAGGUGUACUAACACUCACCCUAACCAACCCUAUCUGGGUGACAAAGACUCGAAUGGUGCUGCAGUAUCACACUGAUCCAUCUAAGAAAGAGUAUAAGGGGAUGACAGAUGCCCUGGUGAAGAUCUAUCGCCAUGAGGGUCUACCUGGAUUAUACAAGGGGUUUGUUCCUGGCUUAUUUGGCACGUCACAUGGGGCAUUGCAGUUUAUGGCUUAUGAGGAACUGAAAAGGGACUACAAUAAAUACAAGAAAAUGCCUUCAGAAGCAAAACUGAAUCCAUUGGAGUACAUUACAAUGGCAGCUCUAUCCAAAGUCUUUGCUGUAGCUGCUACGUACCCCUACCAGGUAGUGCGGGCUCGCCUGCAGGACCAGUAUAAUAAAUACAAUGGAGUCCUGGAUGUUGUGAGGAGGACAUGGAGGAAUGAGGGAGCUAUAGGGUUCUAUAAAGGCAUGGUUCCCAACCUGAUCCGUGUCACCCCAGCCUGCUGUAUCACAUUUGUAGUCUAUGAGAACGUGUCUCGCUUUUUGAUGGGCCAGAAGUGAGCGUUAAGGAGACAACCAUGACAUUACCACGUAGAAGAAGGGGUCCUGUUUAUGGGACUCCUUGGUAAAGACCAACAAAAAAAGGUUAUGAAAAUAUUGUUUAUUAGCUUGACCUUACACAGAAAAUACUGUAUGAGAAAACUAUCCUUUAAAUAAGAAUAUUGUUAAAGAAAAAAAUAAUUCAAAUUAAAUAAAUAUUUUUAUCAAAAAUAUGUCACAAUGAUUGGAUUGUUGUACAAUGAUGCCAUGUGUCCUAACCAGGUUCCCAGGGCCUUUGGAAGGAAACCAGUCUCACAAUCCAAGGAAGAUAUGGAAAGACAUUAAAUCUUUAGAUGGUUAUAAAAAUGCUUCAGGACUCAGUUAUGCUUGAUUGCUUUAAUGAGCAUUUUGUUACUUCUGUUUUUUUAUUUAAAUCUAAUCAAUACCUGCCCAAUAUUUAAAAAUGCAGUUACUGAUGGUCAUAUCAGCAAUUGGAUGUUUGAUUUUAAACAAAUUAACUCAGAGGUGCCCUCAAAUCUUUUAAUACAAAUAAAUCAGCUGGUCCUGAUAAUUUUUAUCCAUUCCUUUUAAAGCUAGCUGCUGAUUUUAUUGCACCAACUUUAUCUUUAAAAUGUUUCAUUAAGAUCAAAGAAAAUUCCAUUAAUUUGGAAUACAGCCUUUGUGCUUCACCUGUUAAAAGGAGGAGAUCCCACCUUGUUAAAUAAUUAUAGUCCUACAGUGGGGAGACACUGUAGUUAUGUCAUUAUGUCAUAGUUAUACUUAUGUCAUGCAAUAAAAUGCUAAUUAAUUACUUAACAAUCA